AAUCACUCAACGAAUUCCCCAUCUGUAUAUUUCCAUGUUGCGACCUGUCAACAAACGACUCUUGUCCUGUGAUCACACGUUGACUCUACAGACUCAGCGCCUGGCGUACUGAGCUAGUCAACAACCUACCUAUGGUCAAAAUGGCGGACGAUAUUCUUCAUAACUCACCCGCACUUCAUGCCUUGAAAAGGCAUCAACUGGUCUCACUGUCGAAGAAAUAUGGCUUGAGAUCCAGUGGAAAGAAUGAUGAACUAAUCCAUCGAUUACAAGAAUGUAUGUCCAUCAACCCUUGGGCAAAGCUGAACACGGUUGAAGUCGCUUCUACUCUUUCAGGGGUCAAACCGCCUUCUCUCCCUCCUCUUUCAUUCGAGCAUGACUUGGGCGACUUUGCAAAUCAACCUGCGGAGUCGCCAGAUUCCAACAAUGUCCACCCACCUCGGGCUGCUCAUGCACCUCGACCAAGUGAUGGCUGGGAAGUCCUCUCAGAGAGCAAUGCCAGUAUCGUGUCUCCUGAUCGGGAGAUGAGCAGCAAGCAUACAAGUGUCUCUUCAUGGAAGAGUGCAGGGAACGGUGAAUCGCUCUCAGAGUUUGGAGAAGGCGAAGCCAAGUCGAAAUCUUCCAGGUCCACUUCCUUACGAGCAUUUGCCAAUAUGACGCGACGAGCUUCGAUCCAUCUCUUAUCUCGAUCUCAUUCAGCUCCAUCCGCACCUGCAUCCUCCGCGCCUGCCACUCCAGCUCCUCCUCACCUGCAGCAACGGGACAAUCCAGUCAUCAACCCUGAGCCCAUCGAGACGAUCAUCGACGAACCGCCCUCCCCUGCGUCUGCCGUUGGCGUCCCACGACGCCACUCCACCAUGUCACUACUCGAGCGACCGAGCACGCUCCGACUCGUCUCUCCUCCACCAACUUCAGACAUUGACAAUCUUCCGUUCUCCGCUGGAACGACGAACCUUCGCAAGAUGAAAGAACGCCGCUCGAUGGCCCCAAUCAAGGCGCAAGGGCAAGGAGGUACGGCAUUGAACAGAAGGUCUAUGCCGGCAUUGCGCUGCCCGCCAGCAUACCCGAACAUCCUUCCGCCCAUGCCCGGGUCGUUUACCCCGGCACCGACCCUUCAGCACAAGGAAAGCUCCAUCUCCAUCACCAAUGCCCAGUUCGAAGAUGCUGGUAGACGCGUAAUGGCCGAGAUGGAGGCAAAAAUGAAAGCGCAUAUGGGAGACAAGGCUACGAGUUUCGGACAAGAACUGCUCAAGGGUAAGAAUGCGGAUCUAGGCAAUCUCGUCAGGGUCAAUUCGAACGUGAGGCACGGCGGGUGGGGUCUUGCCAGUAACAAUGAAGCCAAGAAGGACAGAUACGCCGAGAUUCAUGCGCGAGAAUUCAAGAAGAUGCAAUCCAUCGAUCAGAUUCGCAAGCCCUCUGGCGGAUCCACCAAACAAGCCCGCAAUGCCUCAGGGUCGAGGAACCUUGAGAUCUUGACUGCUCAAAUGCCAACCAUCCCAGCGACACCAGGUCAGAAGAGAAAAGUGUCAAAUCUCCCAUCUGCACCCAACGGUCUACCUCUAGAGGCAUCAGACGAUCGCGAUGCCAAGCGAAAGCGACUGUCUUUCGGUCCCAACACCAUGGGCUCACUGCGUGGUGCUGGCAAAAGCCUAGUAAAUGUCAUAGGUGACAUGGGUAGGACUCCGAAACGAGCCGGUGCAUCACGGAAGAAGGCUGCAGCGAAGAAGAGACGAUCGAGCAUUACCGCUGGCAAAGGUCGGGGAAUAUCUGCUCGACUUGGAUUCUUCAGUCGGAAGAAGGCUUCCAUCGGGAAGACGAUCCCAACGAACAUCGCCGCGAGCGGGAUCUCCACGAUCGGACAGUCUAGUGGAGCACACUUACCGGAACGCGUCGCGAAGCAGCGAGUCGUUUCGGGCGCGAGUAGUCACACCACCUCAGUGGCCAAGGGUAGCACCACGAGCUCGCGAUCUCGGCCUCGACUUCCAGAAUUUGGGGGUGAAUCAUCCACUUCGGGCUCUAUCAACAGUCUCGGACUUCCUCAGGGAGGAACAUUGUCCUUGAAACUGUCGGAUCGCAAGCAAAGCCAGGCCCAGAUGAUCCGCAAAGCGCGACCUGCUCCUGCCCCUCCUGCCGCCAGUCUGAACCGCAUUGAGCUGGACGUCAACGGCUGUGUGAAACCCAACGUCAAUCUCUCCGCGUCCACCUCUUCGAUGAAGCGGUCCUCGACCCUGCUCCAGCCCACAGCAUCUUCCAGUGCGAGAAUGCAGGCGACGGUCAAGCCGUCCUUCGACAGACCGCUGCCCUCUGUGCCCAAGACAAAGAUCCCGACAGCAAAGCCUUUCGGACAGGGAUCGUCUCGAGACACUUCGACCUUUGACUCGAGCUUCAAUGUGCCUAAGCCUUCUCUACCGCCUCCAAGUGCAUGGUCCAGCCCGCCACAUGAGAAGGGACUGGUCCAUACCAAAAGCACUUCUGUGCUCUCCGGUCCACGAGCUGUGCCAGCUGGGCCUAGAGCACCCUUGAGAUCGAGUACGAUGGUCAAUCUCAAAUCACCUGGCAAAUCUCCGGGCAAAACUUCCUCGAUAGCUGGCAAGCGGGCCCGCGAGAGGGCAGGCGGUGUCAGCAGUAUUAAGGCGAGGGGGAACGCCAACAAAGGGAUGGAAACCGCACAGCGAAGGGCAGAAAUCCGAGCGAAGCAAGAGAGAUUGGGCGAGGAAAGACAGCUGCGGGAUAUGCUGGGAGGGAUGGGUCAUCGCUCGUCGAAUUGA